UGCGAUUCUUGCUUUGGUCACGAAUACACCUCCCCAAAAACUCGUCCAGUUUCCACUCCGUUCCAGUUGCUACUUCAUUCCUAAUUUUUGUUUCCAAGAAAUUACUUCCCAACAGUUCAAUAACGAAGAUGGAGUGGAGUCAGCAGAAUGGACAACGUUUGUACGGUCCCCCGGUGGAAUGUAAUUUGAAACUGCAGCAGGGAACCGAAGUAUUUGUCUCUAACAUUCCUCGAGCUUGUACAGAGUUCCAUAUUUACUCGAUAUUCGAGAAUGCGGGACCAAUUUAUCAAGUCAGAAUGAUGAUGGACUUCAGUGGAACUAACCGAGGUUAUUGCUUUGUUCGCUUUUUUGAGAAACAGCAUGCCUAUAAAGCAAUUCACGUGCUAAAUGGAUUCGAAAUUCAGAAAGGAAGCAAAAUUGGCGUUGUGAUGUCGUUGGAUAAUUGCAGCCUGCAUAUUCCUAAGAUUCCCCCAAACAAAAGUGAAGAAGACGUUCGAAAAGAAAUAUAUCGAGUUUGUAAUGACGUCACAAAUGUGACCGUUGUUCCUCACAACGAUGGAAAGAAUAAUCAGUCGUGCUUGGUCGAUUUUACUACUCACAGAGCUGCAUCGAUCGCUCGGAGAUUAUUUCUGUCCAGAAAAGUUAAGCUGUGGGACCAGUGCUGCUUUGUGGAGUGGGCUCAGCCGUCCGACAAAUGAUCAAAUUUCGUCACCUGCUUGGUUGUCAUCGCUGGUUGGAGAUUUAUGUAAAAGAGGAGAACUUAUUUUGACUUGUCGUUUUAGUAUUGUAUCGUGUUUGAUGUUUUUUAUUUAUGAUUUAACGAUGAACUUAUUUAACGAUGAUAUUAUUGAUUUGGCGCAUAUCUUUGAUGAUUUUUAUAUUUAUU